ACUUGUUUCCUAUUCCGAUGGAAAUCCGAUGGGAUCAAAGGCGCGAAAAGCAAAGAACCCUAUUGGCUGCCUUGCUGACAGGUGUAAAUCAGGAGUACCCAUCGAUAUGGUUUGGUGGAACAGAGUCACAGAAAACAAUUUACAGACACCAAAUCCUACUGCAAGCGAGUUUAUUCCUAAAGGAGGAUCAACCUCCAGGCUGAGUAACGUGUCCCAGUCAAAUAUGUCUGCCUUCUCUCAAGUUUUCUCUCACCCAUCCAUGGGAAGUCCUGCUGCUGCUGGAUUAGCACCAGUUCCUGGAAUAGACGGAGGUGCUUUAACUGAUACAAGUCUCACAGAUUCCUAUUUCAGCACCAGCUUUAUUGGAGUCAAUGGAUUUGGAAGCCCUGUAGAAACAAAGUAUCCCUUGGUGCAGAGAAUGACCAAUAGUAGCAGUUCCCCGAGCCUUGUGAAUGACAGUGCCAAGCCGUAUGCAGGCCACGAUGCUCUAACUUCACCUGCUUCGUCCUUGUUUAAUGACUUUGGUGCCCUCAACAUCUCUCAGAGAAGAAAGGUAGGUGAAGUUGAACUUACGUGAAACUAAAUAGAAUGUAGAGGUGACAUUGGUGUGUUACCUACAUAAUGGUCAAUAUUCUCUCAAGUGAAGGGAGGGCUUUUUAUGGACUGUAACGUUUUUCUUGCCUUUUGUUUACCCUUUUCCUUGUUAUAUAUUAUAUCUAGAAUUUCAUUUGAUCUCUGUGCAUGGAAUAGAGACAUUUUAUUUGAAGGGGUGAAAUCCUUCUGCUUAUUCUUGCUCAUUUUCUUUAUCUUAAUGUGUUCUUUUUUUAAGAUAACAUCUAAUUUAAUGUUGUAGUUGCUGUUAAUGUGACCCACUGUAGGCAUGUUAA